CUCGGUGGUGAUCUAAUCUAGAUUGAAAAUUCACUGUAUUCGUUAUAAGGGUUUUAACGGAGAACAAAAAUCACUGCUUGUUUCGGUUUUGAACUGUUAACAGAAAAAUAUCGACAACGUAAAUCUCUCUAUAGAUAAACGAGAAUGGAAAAAGUUUUGAAACGCAUUCAGGACGCAGAUAUUGAAUUUGUCCGUUUUGAAGUUACGGACAUGUCCGGAAUUUCUCGGAUGAAAAUGAUUCCAGCUCGACAUUUCAAGUCGAAGGCAGAGAACGGUGUCACUUUUUACGCUGGCUAUUUAGCAAUAGAUACUGUAGGUAACUACCAACGUGGAUCGGGCUUCACCGGCGAACUCGGUCACGCAGAUGUACUUUUACUCCCUGACAUGGACACUUUUGAAAUUAUUCCUUGGUGGGAGAAUACUGCAAGAAUCCUUUUAGAGCCAGUUUUAAAUGGUAAGGAAGUGUCAGCUGCUCCUAGAUUUAUUGCCAAAAACCAAUUAGAAGAACUUAAAGCAAUGGGCUACAGUUUGUUAUCAGCUCACGAAUACGAGUUUUAUGCCGUCAAAGAAGACACACUCGAACCUAUAUUCAAAAAUGGAAGCUGUCGAGCAACUCAAAACUUCUACGAAAGUACAACAUUUCUGUAUCAACUUGGGCGAGAUUUACCUAAAGUAGGAAUAGAUAUCGAAUACUUAGAGACCGAACGUGGACCUGGACAAAUUGAAAUUCCAUACAAGCCGUCGUUUGGAAUCAAAGCUGCCGAUAUUGCGUUCACUUUUAAAGGUGCUGUGAAAGAGAUUGCAAAACAACACGGCCUAAUGGCUUCUUUCAUGAGCAAACCAUUUCCAGGCCUAAGUGGUUCAUCGUGUCAUUUUAACCACUCUUUAUGGGACGUUGAAUGUAAGGAAGCCCUUACGUUUGAUGCUGAAUCACCUGACAAGCUAUCUGAGGUUGCCAAAUACUGGAUAGCUGGAAUUUUACAUCAUGCCCCGGCGCUGACAUUAAUAAUGGGUCCUACCAUCAACUGUAGAAGGCGAUUCAUUAAAUGGAAAUGUGUACCAACAUAUCCAACGUGGGGGUUCGACAACCGGUCAGCGGCAGUUCGUGUGAAGACUAACGAUGAAAGUAGCACUUACUUAGAAAAUCGUAUUGGAGCCGCGGGAUCAAAUCCUUAUUUAGUAUUAGCAGCUACAGUUGCAGCAGGUAUAGAUGGCAUCAGGAAGAAACUUCCACUUCCUCCUUACAUUGAAGGGUCUGCGUAUAAAGAAGAGUAUCUUCCAGAAAACACAGCUCGAUUACCAAAAAGUAUGCCUGAUGCCAUUGAAGCAUUUCUACAGGACGAUGUGAUCAGAGACGCAUUUGGCGAAGACUUUGUAAAAGCAUUUGUCUCGAUAAAAAACUAUGAGAUUACGAAAUCUAAUGAGGCAGAAGUUAACGACAUGGGAGAGAAAUGGGAAUGGCAAACAUACUUUGAAUACCUUUAAAUAAUUGAAUUUUAUAAUUAUUUUAGGUAAAUUUUAUAAGGUUUAUAAUAAUCAGUGAAUUAUACAAUAACUUGUAUAAGAGUCAUCCAUGCAUGUAGUAUCAAUCUGUCAUCAAUUACCUCUAGCUUACAUCAGCCCCAUUUUGUGAGGGCAGGGAACAGUUAAGUUUCACUGUUCCCUGGUGAGGGCGUAUGUCAGUUGUUUGAAGGGUGUCCCAAUUUGGUUGUAUCCACAAUAUACCAGCGGCCCUAUGGUAAAGUGGUGUGGCACUCGCCUUGUUGCGAAAGAUCGUCUGUUAAUUUCCUGCCUGGGGUACUUCUUCAAAGGAUUGAUUAAAAAAAACCUCUUUUGUUGAUAAGCUAUGCCCGAUACGAUCUAAAUUGCUAUUAAAUGUAGUAUACGUUU